GGCUUUUGAUUUUUUUCCUUCCCCCUCUUUGGUUCAAGAAGAAGGGGGUAGCGAAGGAAGGAGAGGAUCGCACCGAACUCUCUCUUCGCUGGUCUAUUUCGUGCAACGUCUUAAUACCCCCCCUCGGUUUUUUUUUUUAAAAACUCUCGGAUGCGAUGGCGAAACAAGAGGGGAGUUGGAAGAUGAGAAUAUAAGGUGGCGGGGAGAGAAUCAGUGCCACAUCGCGGAUUACUUUUGUAGGAAAGGACUAAGGGAGGUGGAUCGGAGUGGGGGCUGUUUUAAGGAAGUGCCGGUUGGUGGAGGGGGCCGAGAAAACCCACCCGAGCGGCGGGAUCGAUGAGAGAAGACUCAGAGGAUCCCCUGCCGACUUGAGAAAGAAAAGCGAGAGGCACGCAGAUUGCUGAGGAACUUGAAAAGAAAAGGCCCUACCAGAAGGAGCACCAGGAACCAUGAGCAGUGCAGCGUUGCUGACUCACCUUCCAGACCCCAGCAGCAGCUUCAGAGAGGAUGCCCCCCGCCCCCCUGUGCCAGGGGAAGAAGGAGAGACACCAUGCCACCUGCCUGCCAACUUGUUUGCCCUGAAAAACCAAACCUUCAAGGCCAUGUCAGUUUCUUCCACGCCAAGGAGGAAUGACGAUGGUCUUGGGGAGCCAGAAGGCAGCGCAUCUCCCGACUCCCCUCUUGCACGAUGGACCAAAUCCUUGCAUUCCUUGCUGGGUGAUCAAGAUGGUGCCUAUCUCUUUCGGACCUUCCUAGAAAGGGAAAAAUGUGUGGAUACUUUAGACUUCUGGUUUGCCUGCAAUGGCUUCAGGCAGAUGGACCUUAAUGAUACCAAAACUUUAAGAGUAGCCAAAGCUAUAUACAAAAGGUACAUUGAGAACAACAGCAUUGUCUCCAAACAACUCAAGCCUGCCACAAAGACCUACAUAAGGGAUACUAUCAAGAAGCAGCAGAUAGAUUCUAUAAUGUUUGAUCAGGCACAGACUGAGAUUCAGACUGUGAUGGAGGAAAAUGCUUACCAGAUGUUCUUGACUUCUGAUGUAUACCUCGAAUAUGUAAGGAGUGGGGGAGAAAAUCCUGCUUAUAUUAACAGCAAUGGACUGGGGAGCUUAAAAGUGGACUGUGGCUAUCUCCCUACGUUGAAUGAAGAAGAGGAAUGGAGCUGUGCAGAUUUUAAAGACAAACUUUUACCAUCUGUAAUUGGACUGUCUAGUAAGGCACUGAGGGCUACAGCAAGCAUCCGAGCUACAGAAACUGUGGAGAACGGGUUCAGGUCUUUCAAGAGGAAUGAUCCUGUUAACCCUUACCAUGUGAAUUCUGGCUAUGUCUUUGCUCCAACGACUAGUGCAAAUGAUAGUGAAAUAUCUAGUGAUGCUUUGACUGAUGAUUCCAUGUCGAUGACAGACAGCAGUGUUGAUGGCAUCCCUCCUUACAGACUUGGGAGCAAGAAGCAUCUCCAGAGGGAAAUGCAUCGAAGUGUCAAGGCCAACGGUCAAGUUUCUCUACCUCACUUUCCAAGAACCCACCGUCUUCCGAAGGAAAUGACCCCUGUGGAACCAGCUAUCUUUGCAGCCGACCUCAUCUCUCGGUUGGAAAAGCUCAAGCAACAACAAGAGACCAUGGACUGCCUAGAAGAGAGGCUGCAGCAAAUCACAGAGGAUGAAGAAAAGGAGUGCCCUGACAUACCUGCCAGCUUGCAGACUAGUAGGGAGACUUCAGUCACGCAGCAGCAGCAGCAGCAGCAGUUCAAUCUCUUACCAUCUGGCAGCUACGAGGAUGACCCGCAGGCAAUCCUGGAUGACCACCUUUCUCGUGUGCUGAAGACUCCUGGGUGUCAGUCUCCAGGCAUGGGACGGCACAGCCCUCGCACACGCUCACCGGACCGCCUUCCAGGUGGCAAAUUGCUACUGGCCCCAGGAACUGCCUCUGUCCCCACAGCUUGUGCCCUCAUCAGUAAAGGAUUUAUCACCAAGCAGACCACCAAACACGUUCACCACCACUAUAUCCAUCACACUAUCCCCAAGACGAAAGAGCAGAUAGAAGCAGAGGCAGCCCAGCGGGUCCAGUGCUUGUGUGCUGGGGGCAGUGACUACUAUUGCUACUCAAAGUGCAAGGGGCACUCAAAAGGGACAGAUCUUCCUGCAACUCAACUGGAGCCACUUGGCUUCAGCAGAACUGGGACGCUGCUGAAGAGGACCUCUAAACUACCAGAUGGCGUCAUCCUACCAGGUGGAGAAGGAGGGGGGUUGUCUGUACUUCCAGGGACCCAGCUACCUGGAGGAGAGGCAGACCGCUCACAGAAUGUUUGGCAGUGGAUGCUGGAGAGUGAAAGACAAUCUAAGCACAAGACCCAUAGCACGCAAAGCACAAAGAAGACCUACAAUUCCGAGUCCACUCGAGGUGUGCCUGGUGAACGUCCAGCCCGGCACCAUCUGUGGGGCAACAGCAACCACCCGCGUGGGGCACAGCCUGCCCACCCUUUUAUUCAGGAUCCUGCCAUGCCACCCCUGACGCCACCCAACACUUUGGCCCAGCUGGAGGAAGCUUGCCGCAGGCUAACUGAAGUAUCCAAGCCUCAGAAACAACGAUGUUCAACCUCAAAUCAACCAAGGGAUCGCAACCACUUGACUUCGGUACCGGGAGGAAAUGGUCCUUUUUGCAGUACAAGCACAGCAACAGAAGAUCACAAAGAACCAAGGAAAAUCCCUACAGUUCACUCCUCCCAACCUAGUGAGUUGGUUGUCACUUAUUUUUUCUGCGGAGAAGAAAUUCCCUAUAGGAGGAUGUUGAAGGCCCAGAGCCUGACACUUGGGCACUUUAAAGAGCAGCUGAGCAAAAAGGGAAAUUAUAGGUAUUACUUCAAAAGGGCAAGUGAUGAGUUUGACUGUGGUGCUGUUUUUGAAGAAAUCUGGGAUGACGAUGCCAUUCUGCCCAUGUACGAAGGAAGGAUCCUUGGAAAAGUCGAAAGGAUUGACUGACUGGCUGGCUGGCUGGCAUUGUCUGUGUGUGUAAAGAACCAUGCGCUAAAGAUGCCAGCUGUUGGACAGACCACGAAACAAAGCUUUUGAAGGAAGGUUUGAACCAAUGAAGAAAAAACAACAAAAAUAAAUGGAGGUCUAUGAAGACUUUGCCAAAUCAGCCUUAGCAAUUUUUUAAAAUGGUGUUCAGGCUGGGUACUGAGACAUUAAGAACCCUGAACUAUUUAUUAAAAACAUGACCACUUCUUGGUUAUUAAAGAUGCAUAUGAUGUUGAGAGACUUCCAUACAUAAUAUAUGGUUUCUGGGGAAUCCCAGUCCUAUGGACUCAGAGAACUGUGUAUAGCGUACCUUACAGUAAUCCUUAUUGAUAUUUAUUGAAAAGUGUUUUUUCCCUUAAGUCCAGUUUAUGGACAUGCUGCUUUAAACAAUGGAGAAAAGAGGGGAAGUGAUGUAAAGAAAAAGGGUGGGUUUGUAUUUUAUUUUUACAUUAUUUCUACUAUCUAAAGAAUUUGGACUAUGUCUUUUAUAAAAAAAUACAUUCAUUUCUGCUUCUUUAGAAAACAAACUGGAAUUAUGAGGUGCCCAACAUUUCUACAUAUUUUUAUUUCUUGCGAGAGAGGGUGUGUGUGUGUGUGUGAGAGAGAGAGAAACAGAGAGAAUGAAUAUUAUCCUUAACAUUUGCUCUUCUAGAGGGUGGUGCAUUUUAAUAAAUGCUGCUCUGAUUUUCAGGCCCAGUACAGACAUAAUCUUCUCAAGCCACUAACAAUGAUGAACAGAUAAGGAAACACCUCCAUGACCUUGACACACCUCCUUCUGUUCUCUUUUUGAACCUAACUAUAGUGCAGUGUUAUGUCUGUAAAGGUCUAAACACCAAUCUUGGCUUCAGAAAAAGUUUGCCAACCUGCUUCUUACUGUGCAUAUAGGCUGUGGGUUGAGGCUCACAGUAGCUAAUGUUAGUGCCAGUUCAGAGGUAAGGUGCAGAUAGAGGAGUGAAAAAAUCAUGUUUAACAGGAGAGGAGAGCUAAAUAGCCCACAAACACUUAUAAUUUUCUAACCAUGGUUAGGAGAUUCAGAAUGUUAUGACUUCAUUGGCUCUAACCAUGGAUUCAUGGGUCAACAUUACAAGAGUACUGUGGAUGUUGUCAGUUUCUGUGGUAAGAAUAUACUUUUGCCAUGGUCCAUAACCUUUCCGCACACGCAAAAUAAUGCAUUUUCAAACCACUUUCACAACUGUUUGCAAUUCUGCACAGCUUUAAAGAGCACUGAAAGCAGUUUGAAAGUGCAUUAUUCUGCAUGGGUGGAAUGAGCCGUAUACAUUAUGUCCAGUUCCUGUCUUUUGCAAGGCAAGCAUAGAAUUAUAAAGUUUAUAGAAUCUGUUAGAUCAUCCAAUUGAGUUUGCUGACAGACCUGCCUGUCCCAGGAAGAGCAGGACAUGACACCAAUCCCAUUCAUGUUGACACAAAUGUAGCUAGCUUUUUUUAAAAAAGGUAUUCAUCUCCCCAAAUCAGCUGUACUUAAAAAAAAGUAGUCACUUUGAGUAGCCUCCUAUUAAUUAUAUCUCAACUAUAAUGGAUAGGCCAAUUUUUCAAAAUAUAUUGUGCCCCUUCUUCAUUGCAAAUUGAAGGGGAGUUAUGGGUUGAUGCCUUCUACAGUCUUGAAUAGGGUCCUCUGGUUUUGUUUUGUUUUUGGCAUCAAAUUCUAGAGCUAAAUUCUGGUUCUGCUCAACUCUGGAUUUUAUAGAGCUCAGAGGAAGUCUUGCAGAGUAUCAUUCUGGCUGUAUUCCUUAGGACUGUUGUCAUUCUGAAGGACAAAAAGUCAUAACUUCCAAUUAUGCCCUCAGCAAGGGAGACAUUUUAUCCUCUUCUGAGGAAAAAAGGCAGUGUCUGUUUCUUGCUGGGACAUCUUUUCCUUUGCUCCUAAAUUUCCAAUAAUAUCCACUUACUGAUUAUGGCUAAAAUGUGCUAUGAAAUAUCAGAAAAGUUUCCUUCUCUAAUUGAACUCUUUGUGUGUAUUGAGCUAACAUAACACACAACACUUGCCUCUGCCCAGGCAUUUUAUUUCUACAUUUUGUGUUUGUCAAUGCCUUCUGUUUGCCAAUGUUACAUUUCCUUUGUAUAAUAUGUCUGUAUAUAGUGUAGAAAAUAUGUGGAGAGGAGAAAAAUACCCAUUAAUACAUUAUCUCUAGUGUGUGUUAAAAUUUUUAAAAAACACUUCAAUCAGUACAGUACCUGUGCCUGCAUGGUGUUACUAUGCCAUGUUUCACCCUGUGUUCAGGGUCCAAGCUCUCCCUUGUUUGUUUAAGGGAUUUAUGUAUAAAGAUAUUUUAUGCUUUUUUACUACAAGUCUUGUACUUCUGACUUUUGUCAUGACAUUUGUUCUACUUAUACUGUAAAUUAUGCAUUAUUAAGAGUUUCAUUUAAAUACAAAUUGCUUGGUACAAUAAUUAUUGUAAUUAAGAGAUGUAGCCUUUAUUAAAAUUUUAUAUUUUUCAAAUUAAUA